AUGAGCGCCUGGGAGCAGCAAUUCCUGCAGAACGUGCCCGUGCCCCCGCACGGGCAGCGCGGCCCGCGCGGCCCCGCGGCGGCGCGCGCCCUGCAGUGCGUGCUGAAGCGCGUCGAGGGGGCCGCCUUCGCACAGAGAGCGGCGGAGGGCCCCUGCGACACCGAGUACCAGCUGCGGCUGACCCUCUUCGACGUCGCCUACCGCCACUUCUUUGGGAGGACGUGGAGGAGCCGGAGGAGGCCGCUCCGCACGGAGCCGCGGCAGCCGCCCGGGGCCGUGUUCAACGAGACCGUUUACUUCCACACCUCGUUGGACCACCCCAGCAUCACUGCUGUAGUAGAAGUUGUGGCAAUAGUCAAGAAACAAGAUGGGAUCUCUCAGGAUCUGUCGUGUGGGUUUGGAAUCAUUCAUCUGUUCAACAGCAAGUUGGAAACGACGAAUGCAGCUGCCAAGGAUAGAGGGCUCAAGCUCUACCACGGGACGCCCCGUGCGUUGCUGCAUCCGCUUUUCCAGGAUCCUGUGGAAAAGAACAAGUACAUGACGGUGAUGGAGAACAGCCACCUGCAGUACACCUUGCGGCCCCACGCACCCCUGGAGACGAUAGCUCACCUCUUUCCUGAGAACCUGCUCAUGUCUGGGCUGCAGAGGAUUCCUGGUGUGCUGCCUGCACGUGGGCACACGGAUGAUUGCUUCCUGGCACCGCGGCUCAUGAAGCCCAUCACUUGCUUUCUGGAUAAAGUCUCUGUCCAUCUGUACCCUUCUCUGGAGGAAUUUGAGGAGGAACUGCUGGAUUUACUCAACAGUGAUCGCUURCUGAAGGCGAGCGCCACACCGGACGGCCGCGCCGUGGCCAUCGAGGAGCGGCGCCUGCGCGUCGGCGUCCACAACGGCUUGGCCUUCGUGGCGGCGCCGCAGGUGGCCGUGCUGGUGCCCGAGGCGGCGGUGGCCCGGGGACGCCCCGCGGGCCGCGGCUCCCGAGCCAGCCGUGUAGGUCAAGCUCUGCUUCUGAGGAGUCGCAUCCACCUGCCUGAAAUGGUUCCUCACCCAGCGUUCGCCAUCGUCUUCCAGCUUGAGUAUGUCUUCUGCGUGCCAGGAGGAGCCAACGGGAAGGUGCCGGCGGUGAGCAUGCAGGCGCUGCGCUGGGCUGCGUGGAGCCCCGCGGAGGGCGCGGGCACCGCCGACGUGGCCGUGCCGCUGCGGGGCGGCGCGCGCCGCAGCCCUGGCCGAGCCCUCGUCUACAGGGAGCGCGGCGCCGGCUCGGCGGAGGUGAGGCAGCUUGAAUCUGGUACCAUCCAAUUCCACAUUUCCACGGAUUCAGAGGAACAUCUUGUAACUUCUACAGAUGUCUCAAGUAAAGAGAGAGAAGAUUCAGCGAGGCCUCCUACACCAGCUCCGAGUGCGGUGUCCCCUCCUCGCCUGACAGCCUCCAGCACGGGCCCCGGGCUCUCGCUGCGGCAGCUGUCGGUGUCCCCAGCGCGGCGCAGCGAGCYCGCGGCCACGCCGAGCGGGGCGGCGGGCGCGCGGUGCCCUGGCGAGUCGGCUGCUCUCCCGGCACCGCAGGAGCCACCACGCAGCAGCAGCCCGGCCGGAAUCGCCCACUUGGAGGCUGAGCUGGGCACCGAGGACGGCGAGCCGCUGCGGGAGCUGCCGUUUGUGCCCGUGCACGCGCCCGUCGCGGCGCCGGUGAGCAGCACCACGCAGAGCCGAGCCUUCCUCGCUCACCUGCGCGCCUCCGGCUUUCCCGAAAUCCUGGACUGUAACAAGGAGCCCGUGGAAGUCAGUGACCCCAGCAACCCUGGGAGCUUCAGUUCCCAACUGGAAGAGGCCGAUGUUCUGCAGACCAACGAAAUCAUCCUGCAGUUUCUCACCUUUACUCGGGUUCUGCAGAACGGGUUAGAAGCAUCGUGGCCGCAGACCGUGUUCUUCACCUUCCAGUUCUACCGCUUCCCCGCGGUCACCACGGCGCGGCUGCAGCUGGGCGACGCCGGCGAUGGGCACGCUGCCUCCCCGCGCAUCCUGCUCCCCAUCCGCGAGGACGGAGGUCUCGGCUCUCCGGGGCUGCAGCUGAAAUACGUGGUGGACGCGGCGUUCCUGAAGCCCGGAGAGCAGCGCUGCUUCGUGCGGUACCUGGCGGAGCGCAGCCUUCACCUGGACGUGUGGGACGGCGACUCGCUGCUGCUCGUAGGCUCGGCUGCAGUCAAGCUGCAGCCCCUGCUCCGCCAGGGCCGGGCCGCCGUCAGGAGCCACCACGAGCUGGACGUCACCGCCACCGAGUACGAGGAGGACACGGCGGUGCCGGGCGCGGGCGCCCUGCGGCCCGGCGGCGUCCGCAUGGCCACCAAGGGCCGGCUUCACCUCUGCCUGGCCAACGUGGGCCGCCGCAGCGAGGAGAGGCCUCCAGCCCCACGCUGGUCCACGGCGCACUGCCCCAGAGCAGUGAUGCAGGAUGGCGACGGCACCUUGGCGGGCGGCUGCCUGCUCCCGGCACAGGCUGCGGUGGGCAGGAGCAGACCCCGGCGCCUGGCCGACGUGCACGGCGAGCUGGCGGCGCUGCUGAGCUGCGGGCCGCGGGAGCACGGCGCGGCCGGACCCCGCGGCGCCGGCGAAGCCGCACGCCGCCGCAAGCUGCAGCGGAUGGCGYUGGUGCGGCGCCGCGAGGCGCAGGACGAGGGCGGCGUGCGGGCAGCACCGCGGGCAGGCAGCGCCGCAGCCGCGCGCAGCGCCCGCCACCUGCAGCUCGUCGCCGCCUACCGGGAGCGCCUCAAGGGCGAGGGCAUUGCCAGCAUGCUGCGCCAGGCCAUCACGAGCAGCCGCACCGUGCGCGCCGCGCCGGGCACCGCCGCCUUCUUCGAGUUUGUGCUGACGAACCCCUACAACGUCCAGCACACGGUCACCAUCGAGAUCGAGCACCCGGAGCUCAGCGUGAUYGUGGACGCGAGGGAGUGGAGGCACUUCAAGGAGCUGACCAAGACGGCUGCCCCCGUUGAAGAGGACAUGUUCCAGCUCCGUGAUGGCCACRGGCCUCAGCUCUAUCUGCGUCCCAGAGAGACUGUUUAUGUCCCCUUCAAGUACCAGACGUUCUCGGUGGAGCUGGCAGCCGUGCAGCAGGGGCCUGCGGGGCUGAGCGGUGGUAAAGACGAGGCCGCCUCCUCUCUGCAGAAGCCUGGCGGGACCCUCACCAAGCGCAUCGAGGUCUCUUUCCAUGUGAGUGGCCAGAAGCCCAUUGCGAUUCUGCAGGUGGAGGUGGAGACCCAGCCGCCUGUGGUGGACCAGACCUUCCGAUUCUACCACCCAGAGCUGACCUUCCUGAAGAAGGCCAUUCGGCUGCCCCCAUGGCACACUCUUCCGGGUGCACCGGCAGGGAUGCCAGGUGGGGAACCCGAGAUGUUCGUUCGCUGCAGCGACCCCAACGUCAUUUGCGAAACCAAACAUAUGGGUCCCGGGGAACCACAGGACGUGUUCUUAAAAGUAGCUGGAGGACCAAGCCCGCAGAUCAAAAAAUUCUUUGUUGCUAUUUAUACGGACGCCUGGCUCGCCGCUCCCGUGCACAUGUGGCAGUUCUACGUGCACUCGGUGCAGCGCCUGGACGUGAGCUGCGUGGCGGGGCAGCUGAGCCGCCUGUGCGCGCUGCUGCGGGGCACGCCGGCGCUCAGGAGGGUCCGGGCCUACACCUCGCACCCGCACGAGCUCCAGGUGGAGCCGGACGGCGUGUUCGUCCUCCCGCCGCACGCCGUGCAGGAGCUGGCCCUGGGCGUGCGGCCUCGGCAAGCGGGCAGCAGGUUCCUGCACCUCAACGUGGUGGAUGUGGAACGUCACCAGCUCGUGUCCUCCUGGCUGCUCUGCGUGUCCUGCCGGCAGCCCCUGCUCUCCAAGGUGUUCGAGAUCGCGCUGCCCGCGGGCGGCGGGAGAGGCUCCACCAAGCGCAUCACCUACACCAACCCGUACCCGGCGCGGCGCCGCUACUUCCUGCGCACCAGCCGGCCCGACCUGCUGCACUUCCAGGAGGAUUCCUUCGAGGUUGCCGGCGGGGAGGCGCACACCAUCGGGCUGCGCUUCGCCCCGUGCUGCCACGCCGCCCGCGAGGACAUUCUCAUCCACAUCAACGACCACGAGGACAAGAACGAGGAGACCUUCUGCGUGACGGUCACCUACGAGUGAGGGGCCCCGCCGCCGUCACYGCUUCGCUCUGAGAGCGCCGCCUGGCCCCAGAUGUGUCUCCCACCUGCAYGUGCUUCACGUCCGAGUGCCCUGCCCGUGGUGUCGGUCGCAGGGAGCCCGGGCGCUCGGGCUGUGCGCCUGGGGACCCUGCAACAAACCCACCAAUGUCACGUAACGCUGGGGACCUCCCUCCUGCUCAAACGGGCCCUGUGCCCAUGUCUGUUACUGUCCCACAACCCCAGAAGGCUGCCUCUUUUUAUGUAUUUCUACAUUUCAGCGUGCUGCAAUCUUUUUUUUUUAGUUGAAAGAGUAUGCAAAUCUAAAUCCACAGGAUAUUUUUUAAGCAUUUCGUUUUCUACAUUGAAUUUUGUAUAAGCAAAGCAUUUUUCUAGACACUAAUAUUUUUUAAGAUUC